AUUUAUCAAUUGUUUUUUACGGAUAGAAAAAGUUUAAGUGUUAAAUGCUAAACGAUAUGUGGUUAACAAAUUGUUCUCUGUCAGAGUCUUAAUUACCAUUUAUUGGUGUGCAUGUUGGACAUAUAGUACAGUGUAGUCAAAGCUAUACGGCGCGUCCAGUACUUACGUGGUAUUAGUACGAUUAAAAAAAGGAUAAUAUGGGAAGAAUUUAUUAAGGCCCAAUAAAUUUUUUAACUAUGACAAUGGAUUUUCAAAGAAAUUAUCUAUUUAAGAUUUAUUUUCUCAAAUGUAUUGUUGACAUAUUGACAAUUCCGGGUGUAUCAGCAUCACCGGCUUUAAUUACACCCAACAAUGAACAAUUAAAUACAUCAUCGGGGAUAAACAAUGAAACUAAUCUGACAGAACUAUUCCACUGGGAAGAUUAUAGUGUUCUCGGUGCAAUGCUUUUUGUAUCGUGUGCUAUCGGAGUAUUUUAUGGAUAUUUUGGUGAAAAGCAAACCACUGGAGAUGAUUUCCUCCUUGGUGGUUCAUCCAUGGGAACUUUCCCUAUGGCAUUAAGUUUAGCCGCAAGUUUUAUAACUGCAAUUGAAUUAUUGGGCAAUCCAGCUGAAAUGUAUAUGGCUGGCGCACAGUUCUGGAUGAUUUGCAUCGCAUUUGUAUUGGUUGUGCCAAUUUCUAGUCAGCUUUUUUUACCUGUUUUUAUGAGACUACGAUUGACGUCAUGUUAUGAAUACCUGGAAGUGCGUUUCUGCAAAUCUAUGCGAGUUUACGCCAGCGCCUUAUAUAUGUUACAAAUGAUUUUAUAUACAGCAGUCGCCGUAUAUGCUCCAGCUCUUGCACUAUCUGAUGUAACUGGACUCAAUACGUAUUUAGCCGUAUCGUUGGUUUACGUGGUGUGCAUAUUCUAUGCUUCACAAGGUGGAAUGAAAGCUGUUAUCAUGACAGAUUCUUUCCAGUCAGCUGUUCUAUUGGGAUCUUUAGCAACAAUUUUAGCUUUAGGAGCAAAACAAGUCGGCGGCCUGGAGGCCGUUUGGGACAAUGCAAGGCGAUCAGACAGGCUUCACUUUUUUGAUAUGGAUCCUGAUCCAACCGUUCGCCAUUCGUUCUGGUCAGUGGUUGUAGGUGGAACCAUGUACUGGUUGAGCAUGUUUUGUGCAAACCAAGCGUCCGUCCAGAAAUACUUGUCCGUGGAACGUAUAUCGCAAGCUCGCAUCGCUUUAUGGGUUUCGGCUAUUGGUUUAAUUGCAGUUUAUUCUGUUAAUUUUAUAACCGGAGCAAUCCUUGCCACCCAUUAUUCUGGAUGCGAUCCUAUACAGGCUGGUGUUAUAACCGCAUCCGACCGUCUACUACCAUUAUAUGUCGUCCGUGAGUUUGGGAGAUAUCGAGGAGUUCCAGGCUUCUUCGUAGCCGGUAUCUUCGCAGCAAGUCUUGGGACCGUUGCAUCAGCAUUGAAUUCUUUAGCUGCAAUAGCUUGUCAAGAUUUAGCAGGCGGACUUUUGGGAAUUACAUUACCUGAAAAUAAAGGAGCAUUGAUUGCGAGAUGGGUGUGCCUCGGAUGUGGGGCAGUGUCAUUUGGACUUGUGUUCAUAGUAGAGCGUCUUGGACCCGUGUUGCAGUUAGCGCUGUCCUUCAACGGCAUGGCCGGUGGAGUUUCACUAGGACUAUUCAGUCUUGGAAUGCUGUUCCCUUGGGCUAAUCAAAAAGGCGCAAUAGCUGGAGGUAUUUUUGGCCUCGCAGUAGUGGUAGCAGCAGGGGGCGGCGCACAACUAGCUCAGGUGCCUCUUCCUCGAUUGCCAGCUUCAACGGACUUGUGUCCAGACUUCUAUAACUUAACUACUAAUUUGAAUACCAACCCCAGUGAAAAUCAAGACGCGGCGGUAUUUUGGCUAUUUAGAGUAUCAUACCUUUGGUACUCAAGCCUAGGGUGUGCAGCCACAUUAUUAGCUGGGAUGAUUGUAUCAGUUAUUACCGGCGUAACGGACCCAUCUCAAGUACCCAUUGAUCUGAUCUCACCUCCGAUUGUCUCCUUACUAAAUUCCUUGCCUACUAAGAUAAAGGCGUUACGUGUACCAACGCGUAUGGGCCUGGAAAGAAGACGAAGUUCGAGCGUUCGACCUCCAAGUAUUGCAGACGACAAGGACACGAGACGACGACGACGCCUCUCUGAAUUAGCCGGCGGAGUGUUCUAUAGCGAUGCACAAAUUCUAACGCAAGGUCACGAUAAUCUUGCACUCGACACAGAAAAGCCACACGACGACGAUUAUAACCAUCGCACUAGUUUUAAAUUGGAAACAACAUCCAGCCCACAAUUUACAAGGACAUCAACAUGUUGAAUAAGCAUUAGUAACAUUGUUAUUUAGGUACCUUAGACAUUAAUAGAUAUUUAUAUACUGUAACAUAUAACAUUUGCUGCAUUAUUUAGUUUAUAGCUACAGAAUAAAAUUAACAAACUCGUAUGUAUAUUGCACACGGCAAACGCGUAUGCAUUUUUAGUUACUUAUCUAUACGCGUGGGCGUAAACAGUGUUAUGCAUAUCGUUUUGUACUAGGCCUAGAGCCGUCAGGAAGCUUUAAUAGCAAAUAACAUAUUUGUAUAUGACGACAGUACAAAAUAACUUAACAUACUAUAAGUAUUUAUUGCUGUGAACAAAAUGCUUAAAAAACAAUGCAACUAUAAGGUACCUUCCUUCUUAGGUACCUAUCUACCUUCCUACCUAUGUACGCUACGUUAAAGUUCGUGCGGAAAUUCUCUAGACUAGGAGUUAUAAGGAAAUUAAUUAUUAUCAACUUAACAAAUUUAUUAUUAAUUGAAAUUUACAAGAGGCUCGACAAAAGGCAAGAACCUUUUCGCACUGUAAUUGCCGUAAUUGGUUCUUUUUUAUUUUUAUUAUUUUUUAUCAAUCUUUACCUGUUAAUUAUAAAUACUUAACAAAAUGUACUUAUACAUUAAAGAAUUAUCUAACUUCUAUAUUAUAAUAAAUUAAAAAUAUAAAUAAACCAACUUAAUCUACCAAUUUCAAACAACAUAUAAUAAAAAAAGAUAUAUAUGAUAAAACUAAAACAAUUUUUAACCUUUUUAUCGAUAAGUAGAUUCCACAAAAAUGUUGUGAGGAGUCGA